AAGAAAUUAAUCUUACCUGGAAAAUCUCCCUGUUUUGCACACAAAAGCAAGCUGUGCUGGCCACACCUUGCCUUUCAGUGCAAGGGCAGGGAGUGCUCUCUGACUCAAGCAGGAAGGAAUACACACAUUGCCUUGCAGGCCAAGCUGAGAGAAAGGAAUUUGCUCCACUGUGCUGGGAACGCUUUGAGAAACUCAUCUUUCAUCAGGUUAUUGAGAACCUGAAACAAAUUUCUCUUUCUGGUACCGCUCAACCUGUGGAGUACGGACUUGUCUUCCUGAUGCAUGGCCCCAGCUGGCUGGGUGCUGUCCUCUUCUUUGGGGUACAGCUCCAAGCACUGUGGCCUGCGGCAGCCGUGGAAGUUUACACUUCCAAGGAGGUGGAUGCUGUGAACGGCACUAACCUGCGGUUAAAAUGCACCUUUUCCAGCAGCAACCCUAUUAGCCAGCACCUGUCAGUGACGUGGAACUUCCAGCCUGAGGACCUGAGCUCUCAUGAGCCAGUAUUUUAUUACCUGAAGGAGCCCUACAAGCUGUCUGCUGGGCGGUUUAAAGAACGAGUCACCUGGGAUGGGAAUAUUGAGCGUAAUGAUGUUUCCAUCGUUAUCUGGAACUUGCAGCCCACUGACAACGGGACAUUCACCUGCCAGGUGAAGAACCCACCAGAUGUUGAUGGCACAAUUGGUGAAGUGCGACUCAGAGUUGUGCAGAAAGUGCAUUUCUCAGAAAUCCACUUCCUGGCGGUGGCCAUUGGGUCUGCCUGUGUUCUGAUGAUCAUUGUGGUGACAGUUGUGAUUAUCUGUCGACACCAUCAGAAGAAAGCGCAAGAGAAGAGGAUCAAGGUGGCAGACACUGAACUUAGAGAAAAGGAGAAUCUGAAGAUUAGAGAAGAAAAGGAAGCCAGUCCACUGGAAGACUAGAGAUCUUUGAUGGUAUACACAAUGCAGGUACUUCUAAAGCAGAUGGUGAAAGCUUGUAAUUUUGGAUGUUAGAACAAAGCUGAAUUACAGACGCCUCAUGCUGCGAGUGUGGUAUCCCUGCUCAACCUGAAAUUCUUGCAAGGAAAGAGGAUGACAUUAACAUAAGUUCUAGAUUUCCUUCGUUGAAGCAAAGCAGGAGGAGCUUGCCCCAUGAACAAGGAAUUUUCCUUAAUCUUCACACCUGCAGAAAGUGAAGAAAGCUGCUCUGAAGAUGAAAACAUGCCAAAAGAUUUGAACAAAAUGCCAAUAUAGCUGACUGAACAGAGACUUUCAAAGCAUCUGAGCAGACACACUCUUGCACCUUAAAAAUUGCAAGGUGCAUAUGUGUUGCCCAAUUGUUCCUCCCUCAGAAUCCUCUUUGACAUCAGGAAAAGGAAGACUGACUACAUGAGGGAUCAGAGGAGCAGCCAGUUACUACAACGUACUUUAAAUCUCUUUGCUACUUUAAGUGGGAAGUAUUAUAGUUUGGGAAUGUAUGCGGUUUCUUAUUAGGGAUAACGUUCACCAGUGGGUGUGCUUUUUAUAUUGAUCUCUUGCCGCUUCAGUAGGCUUUGUAACUAUGGUAGCUGAGGAGACUGUCUCCUGCUGCGUGGCGCGCGGCCAUGCGCUUCAGCAGCUCCCCUCCUCUUCCCUCUCCCGCUCUGCCGGUAUGUCCCAACAUUGGCCUUCUUUCCCCGCUCCCCCCCUUCCCUCUGAAGGAGCACACCAGCGCCAGGCAGGACGCUUCUGUCCUCCGCUCAGCAGCUGUACAUGCACCGUUGUAGGCGCCCCAAAAUUGUGGCUGGCAGCAGCUGCUGCGGUUCAAGUUCAGAGACUGCCCUGAGCAAGCGAUGCUCCGGCGGUGCGCUGUCCCGCUGCCGUUUGGUGGGGUAGCAGCAGUCCAUGGCUGCCAGCGACAACAGCAAUAUCCCACUUUCUCCGGGUGCCAUUUAUUGCCCAGGCGACCGCCAGCGCGUCUCACCCCUGCAUUUGACAGGCUCCCUUAGCACGUGCCCUGUACAUCCACAGACAUAUUCUCUCUAAGGCAAACGAAGCCCAGCUCAUUGGAACGGCAGAGCUGUUACGGUAUUGAACCAGCACCAAAUCAAAACAUCAGGCCGUUUGUUGAAAGAGUAGCUUUAUGACUUUAUUACCCCACCUGUAAUGUGCUGGUCACAUUAUGUGUUUGUACACGUUCGUUUCCAAUUGCACGUGUCGUAAAUAAAGGCGCCUCGUGGA